GAGGCGGGAGGAGGGACACUGUUGGGAAGCUGUCCCCUCCCAGCACUCUUCUGACCGGUGUUCCCAGGGGCCUUGGCCUGGGGAGGAUGGUGCACAUAUGGGUGGCUGCUUCUGCAUCCCCGGGGAGCAAAGUCUGUCCUGCGCCCCAGGUAAAGGAACUUCUUCCAAGGAUCCAACCAUAUUGACUGAGUGUCUAUCCUCAACUGAAUACAAGGAAAAAUGUUUUCUGCCACAGAACAUGAUAACAGAUCUGACCCUCUCCUUCUGUGUGAAGAGCCGCUCCAGGAGGUGUGUAAAUGCACCCUUGCAGGAAGCCGCCCGGAGGCGGCUCUGGGCUCUGGAGAAUGAGGACCAGGAGGUUCGCGCACUGUUUAAGGACCUCUCGGCAAGGUUGGUGAGUAUCCAGUCCCAGAGGGACCAGUUCCUCCUCACCUUCAAGACCAUGGAGGAAAUCUGGAAGUUCUCCACCUACCUGAGUUUAGGCUAUGUAUCCACAUGUCUGGAACAUCUCCUCUUUGACCACAAGUACUGGCUCAACUGUAGAUUGGUGGAAGAUACAGAGAUCCAAGUGUCUGUAGAUGAUACACAUCUGGAAACAAUAUAUCUGGGACUCCUGAUACAGGAAGGCCACUUCUUCUGCAGAGCCAUGUGCUCCGUGGCUCAGCCAGCUGAGAAGGAAGGAGAGUAUCUGACGCUUUGCAAGAACGAGUUAAUCUCAGUGAAGAUAGAUGAAGGCGGGUCUGAGUGGGAAGGCGUGUCCCUGGUGACGGGUCAGCGGGGCCUGGUGCCUGUGUCAGCUCUGGAGCCCCUGCCUCUCCCUUUCCACCAAUGGUUCCUAAAGAAUUAUCCAGGAAGCUGUGGCCUUUCCAGGAAGAGGGAUUGGACAGGCUCCUAUCAGAUCGGAAGAGGAAGAUGUAAGGCCUCGAAGGAUUAUCAGCAGGAAGAGAAGGAUGAACUGAGCAUCUGCCAGGGGGAAAGCAUUGAGAUCAUCGGCUUUGUCAUACCUGGGCUGCAGUGGUUCAUUGGGAAGUCAAUGAGCUCAGGAGAGGUGGGCUUUGUCCCCACCAGGAACAUAGAUCCUGAUUCUUAUUCCCCACUGAGCAAGAACUCUGCCUUUUUCAGUGAUGAGGAAAGAUGCUCCUUGUGGGCUUUGGGAAGCGACAGUAAAGCUGAGUGUGUUAGCUUCCUUUGCACACUUGCACAUACUGACAUCACGUCUGUCUACCGACUUAGUGGGUUUGAAUCCAUCCAGAACCUUUCGAAUGACCUGAGUGCAUCCCAGACCGAAGGCUUUAAGGAGGCCAGGCCUGGCAGAGCCUGGGAGGAACGUCAGGCUGUGGGCUCCAGACAGUCCAGCAGCUCCGAGGACUCCAGCCCAGAGGAGGAGCUCCUCUCAGCCGCCUCGGACAGCUAUCACCUGCCAGAGCCUGAUGACCUCGAUGACCCAGAGCUGUUCAUGGACCUUAGCACUGGUCAGGAGGAGGAGGAGGCUGGGAACUUUGCUCCCAUAUUGGCUUUUCUGGAUCAUGAGGGUUACACCGACAACUUUAAGAGCCUCUACGAUUCCUCUUUCUCCUUCCUCACUUCUUCCUUUUAUAGCUUUUCAGAGGAGGACGAGCUUGUGGCUUACCUGGAGGCCUCGAGGAAGUGGGCCAAGAGGAGCCACCGGACCUGGGCCCACACCCGGCUCUGCUUCCUCCUGGGCAGGCUGAGCGUCAGGAAAGUCAAACUCUCCCAGGCCAGGGUGUACUUUGAGGAGGCCAUCCAUGUUCUCAAUGGGGCAUUUGAGGACCUUUCCCUGGCUGCUGCCCUGUACAUCAAUUUGGCCGCCAUCUACCUGCGGCAGAGGUUGAGGCAUAAAGGCUCGGCCCUGCUGGACAAGGCAGGUGUCCUGCUGGCCUGCCUGCCCGACCAUGAGUCCAGUGCCAAGAAUGAACUUGAUGUGGUGGCCUAUGUGCUGCGCCAGGGGAUUGUGGCUGGCAGCAGCCCCCUGGAGGCCAGGGCCUGCUUUCUGGCCAUACGAUCGCUCCUGAGCCUCAGCCGACACGAGGAGGUCCUGCCCUUCGCUGAACGCCUGCAGCUUCUCUCUGGACACCCUCCUGCCUCGGAGGCUGUGGCCACCAUCUUGAGUUAUCUAUAUGACAAGAAAUAUCUCCCACACCUUGCAGUGGCCUCUGUCCAGCAACGUGGUACCCAGAGUGCCCAAGGGAUGUCUCUUCCUAUUUGGCAGGCCUACCUGGUCCUCCAGAAUGCCUCCAAGCUUCUUCGUGUUCCCUCCCCAAACUGGGGAGACGUUUCCAUCUUGGCCUGUCCGGCUCUCAGGCAGGCACUGGUUGCCUGUGAGGAACAGGCAGACCAUAGCACCCAGAGGGCCCUGUGUCUCAUCCUGUCCAAAGUGUACCUCCAACACAGGUCUCCUGAUGGUGCCAUCUACUACCUGAGCCAGGCCUUGGUGCUGGGGCGGCUGCUGGGUGAGCAGGAAGCCUUUGAGUCUUCUCUGUGCCUGGCAUGGGCCUAUCUCUUAGCCAGCCAGGCGAAGGAGGCUUUGGACAUUCUUGAGCCACUGUCUUGCUCCCUGAAGGGGACAGAGAAUGUCACCCAAAGGGGAGUGGUCCAUAACCUCCUGGGACUUGCACUUCAAAGUGAAGGCCGGCUAAACAGGGCAACCAAGAGCUAUCUCUGGGCCCUGAACAGAGCCAGGGAGGUGGGGGAUGUGCGUAACCAGGCAGUGACAAUGGCCAAUCUUGGCCACCUGACCCUUAAGUCCUGGGCUCAGCAGCCGGCCAGGGACUAUCUCCUGCAGGCUGUUCGACUCUAUUCUGAACUGCAGACCAGCAAGGAGACGGACAUGGAAUUAGUACAGGUGCUUCUCUGGCUGGCCCAAGUUCUGGUGUCUGGACGCCAGCUGACCCAUGGCUGCCUUUGUUAUGAAAUGGCAUUGCUGUUUGGCUUAAAGCAUCGACACCUAAAGAGUCAGCUCCAGGUUACCAAAUCCCUCUGCCAUUUCUACAGCUCUGUGUCCCCAAAUCCUGAGGCAUGCAUCACGUACCAUGAACACUGGCUUGUCUUGGCUCAGCAACUCAGGGACCGGGAGAUGGAGGGGAGGCUGCUGGAGUCCCUCGGGCAGCUCUAUCGGAACCUGAACACGGCCAGGUCCCUCAGGAAGUCCCUCACAUGCAUCAAGGAGAGCCUGCGUAUCUUCAUCGACCUGGGGGAGAGAGACAAGGCUGCCGAGGCCUGGCUCGGGGCGGGGCGACUCCACUACCUCAUGCGAGAAGACGAGCUGGUGGAGCUGUACCUGCAGGCUGCCAUCCAGACAGCCCUGAAGGCCGAGGAGCCCUCCCUGGCUCUCAAGCUCUACGAAGAAGCAGGUGACGUGUUCUUCAAUGGGACCCGCCACAGGCAUCGUGCAGUGGAGUAUUACCGAGCUGGGGCUGUUCCUUUAGCAAGGAGGAUGAAAGUGAUGAGAACAGAGCUCCGGAUAUUCAACAAGCUGACGGAGCUGCAGAUCAGCCUCGCAGGCUAUGAGAAGGCCCUGGAAUUUGCCACCUUGGCUGCCAGACUGAGCACAGUCACAGGAAAUCAGAGGCAGAAGCUGGUGGCCUUUCACCGCUUGGCUACAGUGUACUACUCCCUGCACAUGUAUGAGAUGGCUGAGGACUGCUACCUGAAGACUCUGUCCCUCUGUCCACCCUGGCUGCAGAGUCCCAAGGAAGCCCUGUACUAUACCAAGGUGUAUUAUCGCCUGGGCCAACUCACCUUCUACCAGCUGAAGGAUGCCCACGACGCCACUGAGUACUUCCUGCUGGCCCUGGCAGCAGCGGUCAUGCUGGGUGACAAGGAACUGCAGGACACCAUUAGGAACAGGCUGGACACCAUCUGUCAGAGCCCCCUGUGGCACAGCAACCCCUCUGGGUGUUCCUCGGAGAGGGCGAGGUGGCUGAGUGGUGGGGGCCUGGCCCUCUGAGGAGAGCUGACUGGUCGCCAUGGCCAGAGGCUGCCUCUCUGCCCAGCCUCUUAGAUACUAAUCAGCAGGGUCUGAGUCAUCACCUGGCUCAGCCCCUCAUUUUACAAUGAGAAGAGCGAAGUCCAGAGGGAGAGGGGAUCAUUCCGGCCACACAAGGAGUGGAUGAUGCAGCAACGAUUAAAAAUCCUGGCCUCUAAAAUGCACUUUCUUGACACAUAAUUCUGAAGAUGAAAAACCUUGCUCUCUGGGAACCUUCUCUCCUUCCCCCAGUGAGGAAAUCAGGCACUGCACUGGCUAAAGGACAAGCAGAUGAGAGUUUGUGCUCUUCACUGAUUUUCUCAGGGAAAGACCCUUCCCCUUGCCAGGGGCUUCUUUCUUUUGUUUCUUCAGAACCAAAGGAGGUGCCCGUCUUCAUGCUCAUGGGGUCUGGCAGGAGAGACUUCACCAUGCUCUUAGCUCAAAAGACACAGCCUCAGAAUGGCCGGAUGGAAUGCACAGGGCAUGGGGUCUGACUCGGAACCACCAUCUCCGUCCUGCCACAUAACCUCUCAGAAACUCCAGGGAAGCUUUCCAAGGGCCAAGGCUUGAAAACAGAGCACUAAGAAAAUUAUGACAUAAAUUACACAUAAAUAGUGUAUAUCAUUAAAUAUUGCAUGUUUACAUUUACACACACAUUUUGUCUCCUUUAUAAUAGGGACAGAUGAGAUGGGAGACUUGAAGGAUGGAUUAAAUACCAAUGUAUCUUACUGAUUUUAGUGUAGCUCCUUUACAAAGCAUCUCUAUGUGUUAUCUGUCAUUGCAUAACACACUGAGUGGCUUGAAACAUUUAUUAUCUCACUGUUUCCAUAGGGCAGGAAUCCAAUGUGACUUAGCUAGGUCCUCUGGCUCUGGGUGGCUCACAAGGCUGCAGUCACCUCAAGGUCAGCUAGAGAAGGACCAUUUGCAAGCUCACUCAUAUGGUUGUUGGCAGGAGUCAGUCCCCACUGGCUGUUGGCCAAGGGCUGCCCACAGUGAUGGGCAUGUGGGCAUUUGCACGGAGCAGUUCACAGCAUGGUAGCUGCAUCAGAGAGUGAGUGAGAGGGGCAGGAGUGAGAGCGAGUGAGAGAGAAGUCAGUGUCUCUUCAUAACCUAAUUGCAGCAGUGACAACCCCUUAGUUUUGUCUAUUUCUAUUCAUUAUAAGUGAGUCACUAGGUCUGGCCCACACUGAAGGAGGAAGGGGGUUACCAAGGGUGGAAUACUAGGAAGCAGGGAAUCAUUGGGGAUCGUUUCAGAAGCUACCUACCUCAGUACCUGAGUUCUUUGAUAAUGGAACCAGCAAUUCUCUAAGGCAGUAAACUCAAAGUAUUGCCCACUGACCAGCAACAUUGGCAUCACCUGUGAGAUUGUUUGAAUUGCAAAUUCUGAGGCCCCCACCUAAGGCCUCUAAAGCAGAAUCUCUAGAGCCCAGAAUCCUGGGUGUGAAAAGCUCUGCAGAUGAUUCCAUUGCACACUAAAGUCCGAGAAGCACUGCUCUGCAACAGGUGUUCUCAAUGUGAUACAAAUUACCUGCGGGACUUGCUGAACAUGAACUUCCUGAUUCCUACCCCUAAUAAUUCCGAUUCAGUAGGUCUGGGAUCUAUCUGACCUAGGAACAUGUAUUUUUAUCAAGGAACUCAAGUCAUCUUGAUGCAAAUGGUCCACGCUUGCUCUGGAGUCUGCCAACACACAAGGAAAUCUAGCCAUAAGUCUCUCUACCUGAUGUGCAUUAGCUUAGAUUUUACAGUCAGAAAAUCUGCCCUUAAUUUCUAGCUUUCUGGGCUGACCAGAUGGUAGGUUGUGUGGGAGGGUGGGAUGGGAGUGGUGAGUUGAGUGACUAUUGCAUCUUCUAGUCACCAAGGUUGUCUACAUAUAUUUUUGGUUAGUUGUCAAAACACUCUAGAGAGUAUUCUUCCCCAGGAAGGACAUGAAAUGAUCUAAUCCACUACCAUGUAAAAUAGAUGUGGGUUUGCUCCCAGCACAAGCCAUAAAAUCCCUGAGCUGGGAGAGUUGUUGUGGUUGAGGUUAUUUAGUCUAAUCUCUCAUGCAGAGUCCUUUCAGCAACGUUCCUGGGAGACGGUCAGAGGCUCAUGCGUUCCAGAGCAGUUACACAUCUUAUAUUUGUGGAAAGCUUGCUUGGCUCUGGUACCCAUGCCACAAGCCAUUCUCCAUUUGACUCAGGUUACAGAACCCUUCCUUUUCCCCACCAACCCAUCACUCUCUGGCUAGAUUUGUUUCUGUUCCUCUAAAAGUGUGGUUCCCAUAACUGCUUUUGAUGUUGAUGGGUGAGUGAAGAGUGCAGAGGGAUUUUAUGUACUUAAUGUAAUUUAAUGUUGUAUUUUAACUUUGUAUUAAGGUUUUUCUUCUCCCUUGGCUCACAUUGAGCUUAUAAACAUUUGAAACCUCUA